AUGAUCUCCGCACGAUACGACCACGUUGCGCGUUGUUUAAGGCACCUCUACCUCCUCCCUAGCUUUAUCAGGAGCUUCGCCUCGCACUCCCCUACGGCCCACGCGCCCCCUCGUCAUGAUUUACGCCCGUCGCAUGCCGAGGAUCAAGAUAUCGUUGUCUCUCGAGCCGGUACCAGGCCGCGCAGGCCUACCUGCGCUCUCUGUGGCCCUCGUACAAGCUCCCCAGGCGCUGAAGCAACAUAUCGCCGUCCGGCGAGCGAAGGUUUCGUUUACUUGCGAUGUGCUCUCCCCCGCCGCUCGCCUGCUGCGCGGUCCCCCCUAGGCGAUGAGGCAACGUAUCGUCGUCCGCCGAGCGAGGUGCGCUUUCUUCAUUUGCGCCGCGCGACGCGCAUCCGGAGACGUGCGGAAAUGUCCAGCGCCCUUCUCAGCGCCCCCUCGAUUCUCAUCUUCAAGUUGAACAUGUCGCGCGUGCGCUCUCGGAGCCGACAUCACGUGAUAUGUUCGACUUGUGCGCGCGUUUCGCGAGUGCAUGUCCCUGGUGUUCAUCUCGCACAUCUUCUCUUGCGGACGUUAGGUUACUGCUCAGUUGUUACUCCUUGGUAUACUGCUUGUAAUAACUACGACAUGCAAUGGAAUUCUGCUGUACUUUUCAAAAUCGAAUCGAGAAAGUCGUGUGUGUCUAAAACAACAUACAUAUACCACUAG